AUGGGUGGUAACGUUGAAUAUAUGCACUACUGCGGGGCCUUAGUCUUUCGAAUUUCGGAUAAGCCAAGUCGAACAAUGUGUCUCGUAAGAGAGGAAGAGGAACACACACAGAGAGAGCGAAAAACAGCAUUAGUAGUAUAUGUUGGGAACAGUCUUGAACUGGGUCUCGUGCGGGAACAACAAGCAGCCCGAAUGCCGCAUCCGCCAACCCUCAACACCCCUCCUGAUCCGACAAUAAUUACCCCGCCUCAUGAACAGAGAGUAAAGGAAGUGGGAGGUGUGUCGACGGAUAGAAAAGCGACAUGUGUCUCUUUGCUUGGGUGA